UCACGCGAUGGAAAGUGGUAUGGCAGUGGAAAUAAUUUGCCGAAAGGAAUGUUAGUGUUAAAUGAGAAAUAUGAGUGAACGCCCGUUGACUAAACUUGUCCUGAGGAUUGAGUCAUGCAGAGGAGUGCGCCUUCCUGUAAUAUGAUACGCCGUGACACAUCCUGUCCGCUUACCUCGCCUUAAUUCCAUACUGUCAGCAGUCACGCAGUGCUUACCACACUGAAUUCUUACAGAUUUAGGUAUAAUUGCAGUCUCCCCCCAAUAAACCGCACAUCACCAUGGCUGACAGACAACAGACACUCAAGCCAUCACCAUCUGCAUUGCUGUGAAGUGAUUCAUGAUAUUGUGGAGGAGGAACUUUGUUGCUUAAUGAAGAGCAACCUUCUGGGAUGAAUUCUGAAUUACUGAUUGGAAAAGAGACAUUGUAACCUAAUUGGAACAACUAUGGAGACAGGCACACACAGGGGCAAGCCAGCAGCCAUGCCAAGAGUCCUGCAGUUGCCACUUGUACUGUUGUUGUCAUUGAGCCUGGGAGACUUCCCCACCCCUGCUCUGGCCCAGAAUGACUGUAAUGCUGCUGAUGUAGUUGUUGAAAGAGGAGAACAACACAGCUUCCCUAACAAAGAAGUACAAAUUCUCAAAGCUUCCAUGACCUUGUUUGUGAAAACAGAGAGUAGUUUUGAGGGCAUCAUUGUUAGCGUGCAUGGAAUAGGUGGCAUUGAAUACACUGCUUGGUUUCCUGCAGAGGCUGAAUGUUUCCCUCAUGAUGACACCUGGCACCAGCUACUUGCAUUUACUGAGAUAAAGAAAGAGAACUCAACUAUUAAUUUUGGCUUUGAAACUGGAUCAUGCUUGAGGAUAUGCAAGAGAGACAAAACCCCACUAGGCCUGUGGCACCAGAGGUUAGUGGCUCAUGGCACCUCCCGGUGGCGCACCAAAUUUCCGCCCUCCAGCUGUGCCACUUUCAAUCUGAACACCAUCUCCAGUCCCCCCAAACUGCCCAUCUGUAAGGAACCUCCAGCUCCAGUGUCAGUGAUGACAAUAAUAAUCAUAGCAAUAGUGGUGUUGCUUUUUGUGGUUGGUUUGCUGGUGGUAGCAGUGAGGGUCAUAGAGAAGAAAAAUUGGCUUUGGGCUAAAUCAUACACUUCACCAAACAAUUCUCCAGCUGGCCAGACAACCUGUGCAGAAGGCAACUUGCAGUAGACUGGCAAGCAAGGAUAGCAGAGUUCAACUGGCGGCACACUGGACAAGAUGUAACUGGCACAAGCUUGAGUCUGCUGAAAUUUUAUUGAGAGUAAGCGUACAGUUGCCCUUGCUGUGGAAAUUUCCACUCAUAUCAUGCAUAAUAUCAGUGCAUUAUUAAUUUGUGUUGCUAUUUAUAUAUGAAUUGUAAAGUUUUUCAUGUAAGAAAGGGAUUGGUCAAAAAAAAAAAAAAGCCUACUGAGGUCCUAGUCUCAAAAGAAAGGACAAAAGAAUCAUCCAAAAUUUGAAAAUAAGUAUCUUGAAACCUUCUUGAAAGGACAAAAGAAUCAUCCAAAAUUUGAAAAUAAGUAUCUUGAAACCUUCUUGAAAGAGUUCAAGCCAUAGGAAGGAGGUAAUAUAGAAGCAGGCAGGGAGUUUCAGCAUUUAUCAGAAAAGUGAUGAAUGAUUGAGAAUGCUGAUUAACUUGCAUUAGAAAGGUAGACAAUAGAGUCAAGACAAAGUAGAAAGUCUUGUGCAGGAAAGCCAUGGAAGGAGGGAAGGCAUACAGUUAGCAAGAUCAGAAGAGAAGAUUUAAAUAAUGUUUGUAUAUACAGUUUUGGUUUCUUAACUUUCUACUUCAUUGUUAUGUGUUAUCACCACUGGACUGAAGAACUUUGCAUAGUCUUGCAGCGUUAGGAGACUAGUUGUAGGGAGUUAUGGGAGAGUGUGUUAGGAAACUGGAGUUGUGGGGAGUUGGGAGAGGGUGUGUUAGAAGAUUGUAAUUUUGAGGAGUUAGGAGAGGGUGUGUUAGGAAACUAGUUGUGGAGAGUUAGGAGAGGGUGUGUUAAAAGACUAGUAUGUGUCAGUUAGGAGACUUGCAUUUUUUAUUAUAUACAUAUAGGAACAGUUCUAUACUUACAUAAUAGAUAACAAAACCCUGUUCAGUAUAGGUCACCUUCACCCAGCAAGCUCCCAGCAACUAUGAAGGUAAAAGUCAGGAGGAGUGUGUUGAUGUAGAAAUCAGCAGGCAUGACACUAGGAUACUUUAAACUCAUCUUUGGAAGAGAAUUAGUGAUAUAUAGUCAGCGGACCUUAUAAGUAGAAGCUUUGUGUCAGGCUCUACCAAAACUUUUCAAUGUAUCCUGAUGUAGUACUGGGAGACAAGAUGCAGAAAUAAGGUUGUGAUUGGAGGAGCUCAGUUUGGCAGGGAAGAGCUGAGACGUUAGAAGUUCAAAAAGAUUAAUCAGGUAUGGUACUUGUAUACAAGUAGGGUGCUGUACCAGUUGCAAAGGUGAAGGCUUUUUCACCAGAAUGAUCCUUUAAAGAAGGUGAAAGCCAAAGUUGGUGGUGAACACUUUAAUCACUUAGGAUGGAGAUUUCAUCAUAAAGGAAAGUGGAACAAUGUGCCUCCCUGCGGAUGUUAAAAGUCAAAGAAUUUUACAUAGUCAGUGUAGAAGGCAAACUUAGAGUGAGAAUGACUUUGAAGUUAAAACCAGAUAAUAAAACAUUCAGGAAGUUGAAGAGUGUGGAUAUGAGAGCAUACAUGGACACAACAGCCAGCCCUGGCACAAAAAUGAGGAUAGGAAAAGUAUGAGGGAACAGAGAAGGGCUGGUGUCAGCAACCUCAGACACCCGUGUCUCAGUGACAAAAAGAAGAUGGGGUUUAGAGGAAGGGAGAUGGUGUUAUGCAGACUGAAAGGUAGCUCUUAGGUGACAAGUGUUGCAGAAGUUAAUGUUCAAAGAGGUGGAGAUGUGGAGGUACCUUGAGUCACCAGCAUGGGAGGGAGCAGACCUGAGGACAGUUAGUGACUCCAAGGCUGGCCAUUUGUUAUCCAUUUGAUUAUUUUGAUAGUUGUGAGUGAAAUGUGUUUGUGCAUGUCAUGGCAUUAAAGAAAACCCACAAUUUUUAUUUAUUAAUUUAUUUAUUUAUAUAUAUUUUUUUUUUAUUUAUUCAUUUAUUUAUUUAUUUAUUUUUUUUUUUUUUUGGGGGGGGGCUUUUUUCCAACCCUGGUGCAUAUACAUGCAUGUAGUGUAGUGUAGUGUACAGGAUGGAAAGAUGCCUCUAGAGGGAUUUCCCACGUGAGGGCAAUGGUGAGAGACAACAGGAGAAGGAUAUGUGGCAGCUUGCAGUUGCCACUUCCCCCCUCUCAUAAAUACCUCACUGGAAGUCUUUUUAACAGCAAUUGUAGAAUACCACAGGUUAUCACUUAAUGUUUUGUAAUGCUAACCUGAGCAAGACCUCAUCUUUCACAAUAGCAUUAACAUUUCAGUAGAUGUUAAAUCUGAGAAGGGUGAAUUCCCAGAGGCUGAUGCCAUAUUUGCUUGUCUUUCAACUAGUUGCUCCUCAACCAAGUGCAAAGUUGAGUUAAAAUCUUCAUUAAAUUCUCAAGAGUAAAGCAUCCAAAAGGCCAAGAAAAUAUUGCUACUCAUGCCUGUGCUGGUCAGCCUCUCCACAACACUCCAUCAGGCAGAGUUUGGCUGUGUGGCACUGGGUUGCCAUCACUUGGAGACACAAAGGGUUGUAUUACUUCCAUGGUCAUCACAGCAUCAAGCUCUCUGUUUGUUGCAGCAGACCACAUCUGUCCUAACUCUUUUUAGUUAAAGAGUAAGUAGUAAGUCAUCAUGUUUCAGAGAAUAUAAGCAUUUUUUAUAUCAACUAUAGUAUAUUAUGAUAUGAAAUUGUACUUAUUUGACUAAAUAAAAGAACAUAUAAGUCAUGAUUUACAGCAUUCAUUCAAAAAUAUAAAAUGUUGAGUUUUUUUGAGAAACUGAUAGGUGAUCACUGUAUGAAAUAGGCAACUUUAUAAAUUAUGAUUCAUUUUCUUCUAGAGCAUCAGCUAGCUCCAUGAUUAAAAACACCUUAAUUUACAACAAGUUACUUCUGGAGCACAGACUUAGAGAUGAAGUGCCUUAGUAAAUCAGACACAGUGAUGGCAAGGCUAUUGCCUCACUGUGACCACAGACACUAGAACACCCAGCAAGAUGGAGUGUAGUGCAUGCCCCAUCACUAGUCCCCCAUCCUGUGCCUGCUGUCCCCAAACAUUUGUGUGGUCCUUCCUUGAUGUGGCACAUCUGUACAGCCAUGCUGGUUAUUUUGUUGAAAUAUUUCCAUUUUAUUUCCUUAGUUAUUUAAUGAAUUAUCUUGAAAAAGAAAAGUAAUGCAGUUAACUAAAGUCUUGACAAAAGGGGAAUCUCAUUUACUCUGGAUCAUAGUAAUGAUCUCAUUAUGAUCACAAACUUGCAGGAAUCACAAACUUAUCAGCCCUUCACUAGUGCUUUCAAUUCUAAGGCUUUACUUGGAUGGAACUCUUUCAGGUGUUGUGCUGAAAAUAAAGUUACAAUAAUGUACCAAAGAAAAUGUGUGGUCACACUUAUGGUAAGGAGCAAUUUUGUAUUGUUGUGUUCUGACUGCUGUGAAGGGAAAGUCCAUCAGAAAUAGGCAUAUUUUUUUUAAAUAUACUAAGUUGAGUAUUAUGUUGUGACAGCACCUACUGGCUUAGAGUUAUAUUGAGUGAAGGUGUAGUUUUUGUUUAUCAUAAAUUCAAAUACCUCUUGUGAGAGGAUUUAAAUACCCUGAAUGUGAGUGUGGCACACCAUUAGAGAAAUUUCAAGUACACUGAUACCUUAGUACUAUGGACCUCACUUAAACAGAUUUCGGAAGCAGCAGACAAAAUCUGUAGCAGCUGACCCAGUUUGAAAGUCCUGUGUGCUAUGGAUGAAGUUGUGGCAACACUUGACAUGUGCCACUGCUUCGAGAUCUGACUGCUUGUUUGCAGGUCACUUAGUUUACAUCAUUGUAACAACACAUGUAGUUCAUUGCUUCAUGGUUUUUGCUCUUAUUAUGUGUUGUGUUCGAAUUAUCAUAAUUUUCCAAUUACCUAUGUUAUCCAUGGUAACUAUGGUCGGUACCCAGGAGAGUAGCAGCAAUGAUGAAUGAUGAGGAAGAUGAGAUGCUGGUGCCAAAACUAGCUGUAUGGACACUGCUACAAUUUGUGAAACACAUCAAAAAUAGAGAUGUCAGUGUUCAUUAUGGAAAUCUCAGAAUUCUUUGAGAAGCCAUAAUUAAAGAACAAUUUCAAAGUGGCACCUGAUGCACCAGCCAGCUUUGCAGCUCCAUUGAUGUACUACUGGUUGUAGGCUAUGGUGGGGGUACAGAUGUAUCAGUAGUGCGUGAACAGUGUGAGGUAGAGGCUGGUGGUUUGCUAGGUGACAGUGAGGGUGAACAGUCUGGUACCACUGGUGUGUCAGGUGACUUGAGUCUGUACUGGUUUGAAAAAGCUGUCUAAUUUUAAUUGCUUGCCACUUUGAAAUUGUUCUUUAAUUAUAGCUUCUCAAAGAAUUCUGAGAUUUCCAUAAUGAACAUUUAUAUUUCUAUUCUUGAUGUGUUCCACAAAUUGCAGCAGUGUCCAUACAGCUAUGCAUCUCCAGUAGUUUUGACAAUGUCACCAGCAUCUCAUCUUCCUCAUUGCUGCUACUCUGCUGGGUACUGACCAUGGUUACCAUGAAUACCAUGUGACAGCAUGGUGCACUUGAUUAAAAGUACAGUACAGUACUCUAUUUAUUCCUCUGUUUUUCAUAAUGUAAUUGUUGAAAUUAGCCACUCCUAAUGUAACCUAAUGCUUAGUGUUGGUACCUACAGACAAUCAGCUUCAUCAUACUGAUGUUCUCCCCCUUUUAGUCCAUAGUACUGAAGUAUGAGUGUAUUUUAUUUAUUUUUUAUUUAUCUAUUUAUUUUUUAUUUAUUUAUUUUUUUUUUUUAGCAACUUGAAAUCACAAUAUGAUAAUUAUGGUGCCAGUGUUCACACUACAUCACCUAAUGACCAUGGGUUCAGUUUAAAGCUUUAUCAGAUUGUCCCCUUCACCAGGACUGUGCUGUCAUUUGGACCAGCUGCAGUCUGAACGAGUUAUGUUGGCUUUUCUAUUUAUGUGUGUGUGUGUGUGUGUAGUAUGCAUAUGUGUGUUAUGUAUUUGACAGAGCUUAUCCUAAAUGUCAGUAUUUAAUAAUUACAAAUGGCAGUGUGUGUAUGUUGUGAUUUAUCUGGCCCAUCCCCUGUGGGAUUGCUGGUCUGGUGUAUAGAUAAAUAGAUCAAAGUUACUGCAUACUACAAAAUUACAUUUGUAUGAAAUAAAUUGUGCAAACUGAGUAAAUUUUGUAAGUGGUGGGUGCAUCACUUAGCAAGAUUACAACAUUUCCAAGUCCUCAGGAGCAGCUUGUGGACUUUAUAGGCACCCUUAAAGGGCACCAACCUUACAGACUCAGUAAAUGCCCCUAGUGGACACCAACCUUACAGACUCAAUAGACACCCCUAAUGGACACCAACCUUACAGACUCAAUAGACACCCCUAAUGGAUACCAACAUUACAGACUUAGCAGACACCCUUAGUGGGCACCAACCUUACAGACUCAGUAGAUACCCCUAAUGGGCACCAACCUUACAGUCUCAGUAGACACCCUUAGUGGGCACCAACCUUACAGACUCAGUAGACACCCUUAGUGGGCACCAGCCUCACACCGAUGCACAGAGGCAGCCGUUGCCCGUGUUAGUGUCAUGUUCAGAGAUAACCCAAGUGAAAUAGGACAGGACAAGGGAUCCACUGUUAGUGUCCCCUCUUGGCCAUGCAGAUUCCUGCCACAGCACACAGCUCUACACAUUCACAAAAAUCCACUAAACUAUUCACCCACUGCCAAUAAUGUGUAACAGCAGGUCUCACAUUAUACUAUACUGACAUGAAAUAGAUUUGCUCUUUGUAUCUAAAGUGUAAGUGUAUGUGUAAAACUAAAUAAUAAGCUAAUGUAAAUGUACUUGGCAAUGUUGCCUUGUAGCACCAAUUCAAGUGCCUUAUUUAAACUGCUUCUGAAGACAGUUACACACUUGCUUUCACUAGUAUUACAUUUCACUGUGAUUCAUCUUUUGUCCUAAGCUUUACUCCAUGUAUUGAGGAAGCAACACAAGUUUAUCAGAACUACAUGUAAUGAACUGUAACAAGGCUACAGUUUGUUUUUCUGAAACAUUAUGCACCAUUAGCUUUCUUGAUUUAAUAUUUCAUUAAUAUAUAUUGAGAUUAUUUUAGGGUGAAUGUAUUCAGGGGUGUAUUUACUAAUUGUUUAUAACAUAAAAAGUGCACAUCACAGAAAGCAGUGUUGAGGUUUCUCAGAUAGACUGAGUUACUACACAGUUCGCAGUUCUCUUCUUAACCAUGAGUUCACCAGCCAUGAAGUUUGCAUAACCACAACUGUGUAAUUUAGCCCUGUUCACUAAACACAGCUCAGGUUUAUGCAUCCACAGACCAGGAAAAAUUGUUGAUAAAGAAUCAAGUCCUUUUGUGACUAGAAAAUAAGGGCAAAAAAUCAGAAUAUGACCUUAAAGGUGAUAAUUACCAUAUAUUAUACAGUAAUUCAUCAAUAAACCAAACCUUGAUAUGCUAGUUUGGAUAAAGCAAACCUGGCAUCAUCUGAACAGCUCUUCAUUAAUCAAACAAAAGUUAAGUUAUAAAGGCAAACUAUUUAGUGGCAAGACAAAGGCAAUCUAACAUGUCAGCUUUUCCCCAAAUAAAGUUGACUGAUACACCAUUUGGUUUGAUGUCAAGCAAAACCUGCUCAGGGCUGCCAGGGUGAGUUAUUUCUUACCCAGUUAGGCUGUUUUUUUACAGACAUUUAGCAGGGAAAAAAUAUCCACUGACUGGCAUUUUUACUACAAUCUCUCUCUCUCUCUCUCUCUCUCUCUCUCUCUCUCUCUCUCUCUCUCUCUCUCUCUCUCUCUCUCUCUCUCUCUCUCUCUCUCUCUCUCUCUCUCUCUCUCUCUCUCUCUCUCUCUCUCUCUCUCUCUCUCUCUCUCUCUCUCUCUCUCUCUCUCCAUAUGCCAAGGUUCCCCCUAAACAUAAAUUUUCCAUUGUAAUUUUUAGGAACUUGACUGCUGUGGUUGGAGAGGGAAUGGUGCAUCAGCCUAUGCAAGAAUGCCUUAAAUAUUAGUCAGAUUAGUACUCUUGAUUUCAUGCUGUGUUCACUUUCGUGACAUUCACCACUUGCUUCACUUCAACAAUGUGCUAGUAUCUCGGCUGCUGUGCCAGCUGCAGGUGUGGUGACACACUGUACUGCUGUAGUCCCUUGAUACACAGCGCAAAACUGUAUCAAGAUGCCAGGUCAGAGGUGGGAAAGAUUUCGCUUGUUAAUGCUUUAUCCAAACACUAUUUUUACCUUUGUUUUUUUCCUACAACAGAUCAUUUUUAUAUGGAACAUGAUCAGCCAUGGCAACAAGAUAUCUUCUUAUAUAUUGAUCAAUAUUUUUAUAACAAAUUAUGUUUCAGUAGAUCAGUCCUUACUGUGUAUGAAUAUUAUACAUUUUUCAUAUAAACAAUGUGCAGCAUACACAGUAUACUGCUAUCUUUGGAGUGGCCUGCCUGGCAAAGCCUUUGGCCUGGGUGUGUGUUGUGAGGCAAGGUGUGUGCAUUACAUUUUGAUUUUGUGAAAUACUCAGUAAUCCAGAGCAAGGUAUCCACAUCAUUACUUUUAUUUAGCUUUGAAAUAUGGCAGUGUGUAACAUUCAUACUUAAUGAAACCACCAUAUGUUUUAUAUGAUUGAUUGUACCAUUAAAGUAUAGCUUUCUGA